UUGUUGUUUACCUAUUUGUUCACUAUAUAGUAGUGUGUAGGAUGUUCUAUAGUAUUACUGGUAUAUGGAAUAGUCAUAUUUACAGUAAUGUGCGACAAAACAACUGAUAAUCAGUCACUGAUUAUAAAAUACAAUUUACCGGGCUAUUUUAUUUUGAUGUUUGUGUUCAAUAUAUAUUAAAAUGUCAAAUUUGUGUAGAGAUGAUUUUGAUUCGGGUCCUAAACACAUUUAUUACAUUGAAGAAGGUCUAUGGCUAGGAAACUUGACAGCUGCCAUAGAUUUAUCGUUUUUGAGAAGCAACAGAAUAAAUAAUAUUGUGACAGUAGAUUCUUGUCCACUGCCAGAGAUUAUUUUGGAUUUGAGAGAUAUACAUAUUAAAUUCAUUCAAGUUACUGAUAUGGCCGGAGAAGAUAUUUUGAGCCAUUUUGAUAGUGCAUAUGAAUUUAUAAAAAAUGCUCAAGAAAAAAGUUCUGUUCUUGUGCAUUGCUACUUUGGAAUAUCUAGAAGUGCUUCAAUCAUUACAGCUUAUCUUAUGAAGAAAUAUAGAAUAAAUUUUGAUGAUGCAUUUGAAAGAGUUAAAAAUAAAAAUGCAGCUGCUUUACCAAAUAUUGGUUUUCAAGCACAACUUUGUUUGUAUGAAAUUCUUGGCUGGAAAAUUGAUAAAGACAAUAUGCAAUAUAAAUUAUUCAGACUGAAAAUAGCUGCUAGAAAAGUUAAAAAAGUUAAAAUUUUACCACAAGACUGCAUUGAUGUAAUUAAAGGAGAUCCAUCUUUAAUAUCAGCUAGACCAGAUCCAAAAGUUUAUCGAUGUCGUAAAUGCAGGAGAAUUGUUGCUUUACAAUCAAAUGUGUUACCACAUAUUAUUAAUGAAAAAUUGUCAUGGAAAGAUUCAAAAUGGUCUUCAAAUUAUUCUGACUUUCAGCUAUGUUCAGAAACUAUCUUUGUUGAACCAAUGUCUUGGAUGUCAGUAAACCAUUCAGAAAAUGGAAAAAUUAAUUGUCCAAAAUGUUGUUCUAAAUUAGGCUCAUAUAGUUGGACUAUGGGAUGUCAAUGCCAAUGCGGUGCCAAAGUUUCUCCAGCAUUUUAUUUUGUGCCAUCAAAAAUAGAUUACAGUGGGUUUUUACAAAAUGUUCAGGCUACUGUUUAAAAACUAUUAUAUUUGCUUUAAUGUUAUUAAAUAAUUAAUAAUUAAAAGCAGUAAAUUUAAUAUCCACAUAACUAAAAGAUAUUCUAUCUUAAAUGAAUGUUAUAGUUAGACUGACGGAUUGUUUUUAAUUGAUCUUAACUUUUCAAGUUAAAAAUGCUCAGUGAUAAUAUUUUUAAUUAUAUACUACAUAUAUAAUUAUUUUAGCUAUUUUCCAAUAUAUUUAUUAUCACCAAGAUACCUAUAUUUUCCCCGUCUAAACAUUUUAAUAACUCAAUACAUCAUAAUCAUCUCUAAUUUAACAUUUUGAAUAUUUUUUGGAACUACCUAAUUCAGGUUUAUUAUUUUAUUAGAUUUUAAUUUGUUUUUCAUUUAACUUAUAAGUUAUGAAUAAUUAUGUUCUUCCCGAUUUUGCAUAUAUAACAUUUGUUAUUUAAGAAAAUUUUGAUAUAUUAUGUAACCAACCA